CUUACAAGGCAAAAAAACAUAAUAAUAAUAAUAAUAAUUUUAGAGUUAUAAAGAAGAGAGAAAGAGAGUUUCAAGAAAGGAAACAUGCUUGACUUUAUCCCAACAAGUAACACUUGUGUUUAAUUCUUAUCUUAACUUUAGUGGAAUCCACAGUUUGCUGUUUAGCUAAUUAUGGCGGAGUUCCAAUCAACAAGAAACUUUACAUAAAAAAAUUUCAUCAGAAGUGGAAUUUCCAUCUCCUUGCUGUCAGGAGAUGAAGUCUUUGGAUCCAGACUUACAAGGCAAGACAUUGCAGUUGACAUAUUCAACUUUUAACUCCCCAGACAAAAUGACUGCCUCAGGGAAAACAAAUUCUCAAGAUCAAUGUGCUUCCUCAGAAUAUGUUCAUGAUGAAAGAUAUGGAAGAGAUAUGCAAGUUCAAAUAAAGCCUGCUCUCUUUUCUUCGCAAAAUGAAGUGGCCCAUUCAACUGGUUUCUCUCCUUUUGGUUAUGCUGAUCCCUAUAUCGGUGGCUUAUAUACUGCUUAUGGACCUCAGCCUUUUCCUCAAAUGAUUGGCAUAGCACCUGCUCGGGUCCCACUUCCCGUAGAUCUUGCAGAGGAUGGACCAAUUUAUGUAAAUGCAAAACAGUACCAUGGGAUCAUGAGGCGUAGACAGAUACGUGCAAAACUUGAAGCUCAGAACAAACUUGUCAAAAAUAGAAAGCCAUAUCUUCACGAGUCAAGGCAUCUUCAUGCAGUGAAUAGAGUUAGAGGUUCCGGAGGACGCUUUCUUAGCUCAAAGAAAGUGCAUCAAUCUGAUCCAAAUAGUUACCCCGCUAACUCAACCUCUUCUCGAGACUCAGUUGAACAUGAUGGUUCAACUUCUGCUUUCAGCUUCCAACAGCAGCCUGAUCACAGGGCCUUUAGUGUAUCCUCUCAUAUGGAUAUUACCAUGCAAGGCAAUGGAACUCAGCAACGUGCUCCGAUUGUCCGGUGAUUAUAAGUUCUUAACUGGCAAAGACAGUCACCGGCAGGCAAUUCAUCCUUGGCUUAACUUACCCUUUCCUAUUAAGUCUCUGGUUUUUGCAAGCAUCGCCUGGUUUGUGUUAUAACAGUGAAUUUGGUUGUUAAUCCUAGAUUUGUCGAACCUUAGAUUGAAGAAAAAAAGUAUUUUUGUUCUGAAUUAGUUCUCUGUUUUGCUGCACGUUUUGUACCUAGCGUGGAAUUGUGUAUGCAGUGGAAGUUGUUAAUGAUAAACCGAAAAGAAAAGAAACGAAAUGGUGUUGCUGGUUGUGUACUUGA